AUGAACCUGUUUUUUGGUCUUUGCUCGAUGUUACUUGCAGUAAUGGUGGCAUUCAAUCUACACAUUGUAUUUCUUGUUCGUCUACAAAAUACGCUGUGGUGUGAAAAGUGGUAUUAUAUUGUCACAACCGUUAUCCCGCUCACAAUUGUAUCCAUCAAAGCUACUCAAGGGCAAUUGAGAUUGAAAGAAUAUGAAUGCAUAUUUGAAUUUCCUAGCGAUUGGUCCAAUUUUCGCCAGAUGCUUGAAAUGAGAUCGUUGACUCAUUUCCUUGACCAUGACUUGCAUUAUUACCAGUUGGAUAUGGUAUGGAUGGGUGUUUAUUACAAUUAUGUUCUCUGCUAUUACCACAACUAUUCUUUGGACAAAAAUGAGCAAGCAAAUCUCGCAGCAGCAUAUAACCAGCCACCAAAUAGUGUUGUAUCAUCAGCUAAAAAAAACUAUCAAGCGGUUGUCAUGGGACUGCUUCAUACAAUCGUUUUUUUCUUCGAUCCUACUAUUGGAAUGAUCGCUGAAAACCUACGCCAGUAUUUAAUUGACAAGUACGUGAUGGAUUUUGAGGAUCAAGUGCUUGCCCAAAAAUCAAAAACUACAAAAGAUCGAUGUACCGAGUUGCGGCAACGAUCAAUGUUUUCAGGAAAAUCAAUCCAAGAAUAG